CAUGAUACGGUUGAGUUUGCUAUUUGUGCUUCUGGGCUCAGCCGCCGUCUUCGGGCGCACUCUUUCUCCCGAGUUCCUUGAAUGGGAAGGCCGUAUUGUCGGAGGACAGAACGCUGCUUCGGGACAAUUCCCGUACCAGGUUUCGCUUCGCUCGUCAGCAAAUGCCCAUUUCUGCGGAGCUUCAAUUAUCAACAACCGGUGGGUGCUGUCGGCCGCUCAUUGCACCGUUGGGCGUACUCUGGCUAACACCCGUGUCGUCGUUGGAACUCACUUGUUGAACAGCGGUGGUAUCUCCCACGCUUCAUCCCGCAUUGUGAAUCAUGGAUCGUACAAUGCCAAUACCCUGGCCAACGACGUUUCCGUGGUUCAGACUGCUUCGGUCAUCACUUUCAACAAUCUGGCGCAACCAAUCGGUUUGAGUGCGACCUUCGUUAACACGGCUACUGGAGCUCUGGCUUCCGGAUGGGGUCGCCUGGGAGCUAACGCCGGAGUCCCAAACAACCUGCAGUGGUUGAGAACCAACAUCAUUACUUUGGCGGACUGCCGAAACCGUCACUCGGUUGCCAACCGCGCCAGCGUUUUUGAUAACACCAUCUGUACUUUGAGCCCAUCCGGCCAGGGUAUGUGCAUGGGAGACUCCGGUGGUCCGUUGGUGCACGGCACCCAACAGGGUAUUGUUUCGUGGGGUAUUCCUUGUGGGCUGGGGUCUCCGGAUGUAUUUGCUCGUGUAUCGUCGCACCGUACCUGGAUUCUGAACAAUGCCAGCUAAAUUAUUUCCUAAUUUCGUCCACUAUUCCGAUAAUAAAUAAUAGCUCUGUUGAAUUUGUA